CAUUUUCGAUUGAAACUGCAUAUUCUGACAAUAAAUUCAAUCCAAAAUCAUGGCUGACACUCACAAUGAAGAGGAAAACCCAACGCCACUUCGAAUCUUAGAUUCCGGUGGCGCAAGCAGUUCAAUGGCUGCUCCGGUGGAUCAUUCGAUCAAUGAAGGUGGUCCACAGGUGGAGGAGACGACGACGGCACAACAACAGAGAGAAGAAUCGCAAAACGGUUCUGAAGAGGAGAAGUUAGGCGAGAAUUCAGGCAAGGAGGAGGAAUCCGGUAAGAAUUCAGGCAAGGAGGAGUCUUUCGAGGAUUUAGGCAACGAGGAGGAGGCCGACGAAGAAAGGACCGUAAACUAUAGAGACUAUGAGUUGGAGCUUGUAAGCAAUAAAGUACCCUCCUUCCCUGCAAGGGUGACAGUCAGGUCAAGUUGGGAUGUUUUUGACAGAAUAAAGGAGAUUUUAGCUGGAAUGAGGCAUGGUGCAAGAGAUUUCGAAGACACUUGUUUCGGUCGGUUUUUAAGAAUCGAAACAAAUUGGGAAAAGGCGUUUUGGGGCCAGGGAGUGCAUUACAUGUUACUGCACUCUGUAAAAUGCAAUAAAAAUAAAGAAAUGUGGUUCGUGGUGGAUGAAAAGCCACUACAUUUUGGGAUGAUGGAAUAUGCCUUGGUGACGGGCUUAGGAUGUGGGAAAUUGCCAGAUAAGCCAGAGGUAGACGCAAUAAGGAAGAGUCCGGGAGCCAUAAGGUUUCGUAAGAAAGUUUUGCAGGGGGUAAAGUGUAUUAUAGGACACGUUUUAGAGAAGAGGCUAGAAACAGUUCGGUUUAAUGAUAGAGAGAAGAUAAAAAUGUGCUUGGUAUUGUUUUUACAUUCGAUCUUAUUGGUUGGUGACUCAACAAAAGCUGUUGAGAAUGAUUGGUUUUUGUUUGCAAGCGACUUGGAGUUCUUUAAUUCUUAUCCGUGGGGACGGAUAUCAUUUGAGCGAACCAUCAAGAGCCUGAAAAAACUAGACAUGACGUUAAAGCAGUCCCAAUGGGUCGGGAAGGAUAAACUAAGCAUGUACAAUUUGUUUGGCUUUCCACGGGCAAUGUAGGCUUAGAUGUAUGAGGCUAUUCCUGUCUUCGCUAAGGAGGGGGGGAUGUGUAACAGCAAUUUCCUAGGAUGUUGCGGUGGCAUGUCGAGAGGUGUACCUAUUAGGAUUACGACUAAAUAGACAUUGAGAUUGAAGCGGCUAGGGGAGUCAUUCGUCCCUUUCUCACUACUACUGGGUAUGAAGCGGAAGAUGACUAUGUCACAUUUUUUAAAGCACUGGAGGAUGAAAGGGAUGAACGGAUAGACUGCCUGAUGCGGGACCUAAAAGGGGUUAUGCAUGUGACGGUAGUUGUAGGGCCACUGCUUGACGUGGUUGAUGUCGAGGAUGAUGAAGCUCCAAUCGGCAGGAGGCCUUAGGAGGAGGAGGAGGAGGAGAGGAGGAAGAGGUUCGUAUGCCUUAGCAAACCGGUACAACAAGUAUCGCUUUGCCGAGACAUCGGCAUCGAGAGAAUGAGGUGGUUGACCCCAUAAACGGCUUGUUUGAGUGUUUUACAACAACUGUUUAUGACAGGUUUGACAAGAUGGAAGAGCGCAUGAAAAUGGUGGAGGAGAAAGUGUUAAGCUGGCAGAGAAAGUUGGUACAGUGGAGAAGGAAGUUGGUGGAGAAUUAAAGGCGGUUGAAGUGCAAACUGGGCUGAAAAGAGAGAGCCAAAAGAACAAGUUUGUCAAAUCCCCUGACAUGGUAGUGACACAGGUAAAGAAGAGGAAAAUUAAGAAACAAAUGAAAGAAGAACUAAAAAUAGAGGAGGUUAAGGGGGUUGGUGGAGGAAGUAGGGCAGUGAUAAUGGAGGAGGGCGAGGUGGGAGGCGAAGGAAGUGGGGAUGCAAAAAUGGAGGAAAGGGGAGGAAGUGGGCAAGCGAAAAUAGACUCAAAUAUCGAUUUGUAUAGACCAAUAGAGGAAAAGAAAAAACUCUUAUAUGUCUAUUACAAUGAAUCAGGAAGUAAUGCCCAUAUAAAGUGUAAGAUAGGGGAUUAUCCCCGGGAAUGAUUUGAAAAGUUGUUGACGAUGGGCACGUGGCUUGAGGACCCGCACAUCGAUGAGAUGUUGGCACUGAUGAGGCUGUGACAGACUAGUGAUGGUGAUCUAUUGUAUCCCGACUCUACCAUCAUCGAUGUGGCGUUUGACCAAACGCUUGUUUCGACAUAUCGCACUUUAAUUAAAAAUGUUGUUGGUAAAGGUGUAACAAAAGGAGCGAAGCGAAAAAGAUUGGCCCAAAACAGUUGGACUGCAUCCCUGAUGAUUUUAAGUUUGAUGACAUGAUUAUGCAGUAUGUAAGGAGGGAAAGGCUCAAAUAUGGCCACGGUUGGGCAAUGGUUAAAAGAGUAUACUACAUUAUCAACAUCACAGAAAUGCACUGGAUAACAGUCGUCGCGCAUCUAGAGGAGGGGUUGCUGAAGAUCCUUGACUGCAACCUAACUAUUUAUCGAGCAAGUAGUUGGAGAUUGAGUUGGAGCCAUUGUCCAGGUUGAUCAUGCAGUUGUUGCAUGACAGCGGGAUGUUUGGGCACUUUGGUGAUUAAGUACUAACCGGAAAGUGGCCACUUAAGCGCUCUACCGUCUCAAUAAAUGAGUCAAGUGCUAAAUGUGGGGCAUAUGCCUUGAAAUUUAUUCAGUUCGACAUGACCAACACCCCGAUGAAC